AUGCCGGAAAUCGCGCUGGAGAUCGAAGACAGCCAUGAACGGUGCCAAUGCGAUCGCGAUUCGGACGACGUUUAUCGGUAUUUUCAAAGUGUUUUUAAGUUGGUCGACACGAACAAAGAUGGCUACAUCAGCGUGCGCGAACUGAAGGAAUUCCUGGACGCCAACGAGCACGCGAACGUUCCCGAAAAAAUCGUCAAAGUCGUGUACAGGAAAUUCGACGCCAACAAGGACCAGAAGCUCGAGCUCGACGAGUUCCUCGACAUGCUCACCGACGACGACUUCAAGAGCGCCUUCGGAAAGGUCGCCCAAGGCAUCCUGAAGUUCGUGGCGCCUUCGAAGACGGGCCCGGGGCGCGGCCACCUGAUCCUGCAGAGGACGAUAACCAACACGGGGAUGUACGAGAAGCAGAUCAAAUGGAACGUCUAUCAACUAGGCCUCGCCUCCAUCGCCCUGCUGCAGGUGGUGCUUUUCUACGUUAACAGAAGCUUGAUAACCGGCACCAAAGACAAAGGGGGCCUCUACGACGCCCUCAAAUUCGAUCCUUGCAGGAAGCUACAGGUCUAUCGGUACAUCUCGUACAUAUUCGUCCAUUCCAGUGAAGUACAUUUGUACGGUAACGUGGUGGUGCAAGUGCUGAUCGGGGUGCCUUUGGAGAUGGUGCACAGCUGGAGGAUGAUGGUCAUCUACUUCGGCGGCGGCGUCGCGGGCGCCGUGAUGCAUUCCGUGUGCUCGAGGGGCGUCGGUUUGAUCGGCUCCAGCGGGGCCGUUUACUCCUUUUAUACGGCCCACAUCUCCGCUGUUAUCAUGAACUGGCGAGAGAUGAUCAAUCCGGCGAUGCAUUUGCUCAUCUUCGGGAUCAUCGUGCUCUUCGAGUGCGUUUAUAAGAUGCUCACCUCGGAUAGCGACCAUUGGAGGAACGUGGGGUACUUCUCGCACCUCGGGGGCGCCCUGACGGGGUUGCUGUUGGGGGUGCUGGUUUUGAGGAACCUGCGGGAGACGGAGAGGGAGAAAUUGCUGUGGCACGCCUGCUGCGUUGCUUUGGGUUUGUUGGCGUUGGUUCUGGUGUUUUUGGAUGUCUGUUUGCCAACGGAUUGUGUGGUUGUUGAGGCUUCUAAUAUGAGUUAUUCGUAG